AUGAGGCUGCGAGACUUUCUAUUCACUUUGCUGCUCCCAGCCGGCUUCCUGGGGGGCUGCUCAUGGGCUCAGCGCCCAGAAAUCACCACCCGGGUCGCAAAUGCAGAAGAUUGCCCCGUGGACCUGUUCUUCGUCCUGGACACCUCAGAGAGUGUUGCCCUGAGGGUGAAGCCCUUUGGGGACCUGGUUGCCCAAGUGAAAGAUUUCACCAACCGGUUCAUUGACAAGCUGACAAACAGGUACUACCGCUGUGACCGCAACCUGGUGUGGAACGCUGGGGCACUGCACUACAGUGAUGAGGUUGUGCUCAUCAAGAGCCUCACCUCGAUGCCCAGCGGCCGGAAUGAGCUGAAGAACCGUGUCUCAGCUGUGAACUACAUUGGGAAGGGCACCUACACCGACUGUGCCAUAAAACGGGGCAUCGAGGAGCUGCUCAUCAGUGGCUCCCAUCACAAGGAGAAUAAAUACCUGAUUGUGGUGACUGAUGGACACCCCUUGGAAGGGUACAAGGAGCCCUGCGGAGGUCUGGACGAUGCUGCCAAUGAAGCAAAACAUUUGGGGAUCAAAGUGUUCUCUGUUGCCAUCUCCCCCAACCACCUGGACCAGCGGCUCAACAUCAUUGCCACGGACCAGGCCUACCGCCGCAACUUCACAGCCACUAGCCUGAAGCCAACCCGGGAGCUCGAUGUGGAGGAAACCAUAAACACCAUCAUUGACAUGAUUAAAGUUAACACAGAGCAAUCGUGCUGCUCCUUUGAGUGCCAGCCUCUCCGAGGGCCCCCUGGACCUCCUGGUGACCCAGGCAAUGAGGGAGAAAGAGGCAAACCAGGUCUUCCUGGCCAGAAAGGAGAGGCUGGAGACCCAGGCAGGCCAGGAGACAUGGGACCUGUUGGCUACCAAGGAAUGAAGGGUGACAAAGGAAGUCGAGGAGAAAAGGGCUCGAGAGGAGCCAAAGGAGCCAAGGGUGAGAAGGGCAGGCGUGGAAUCGAUGGCAUCGAUGGCAUGAAGGGUGAAGCUGGAUACCCCGGGUUACCUGGCUGCAAAGGCUCACCCGGAUUUGAUGGAGCUCAAGGCCCACCAGGACCAAAGGGAGAUCCCGGUGCUUACGGACCCAAGGGAGGAAAGGGGGAGCCUGGGGAUGAUGGAAAACCUGGCCGACAGGGGAUUCCUGGCAGCCCUGGAGAGAAGGGUGCACCUGGAAACCAGGGUGAGCCUGGACCGGCAGGAGAGACGGGCGAUGAGGGUGCUCCGGGUGCAGAUGGUCCUCCUGGAGAAAGGGGCAGCAAUGGAGAAAGAGGUCCCCCAGGCUCGCCGGGUGAUCGCGGACCAAGAGGAGAGCUGGGAGAGCCUGGACCACCUGGUGACCAAGGGCGGGAAGGACCCCUCGGGCCACCUGGCGACCAGGGCGAGGCUGGACCCCCAGGACCCAAAGGCUACAGGGGAGACGACGGCCCCCGUGGCAAUGAGGGCCCAAAGGGAUUGCCUGGAGCACCUGGGCUGCCUGGAGACCCCGGCCUAAUGGGAGAAAGGGGGGAGGAUGGCCCUCCUGGGAACAGCACAAUUGGAUUCACAGGCGCCCCGGGGCAGCCAGGAGACAGAGGUGACCCUGGCAUUAACGGAACAAAAGGCUAUGUUGGUCCUAAAGGAGAUGAAGGAGAAGCUGGAGACCCUGGCAACGACAACCCAACCCCUGGCCCCAGGGGCCUCAAAGGAGCAAAGGGAUACAGGGGACCUGAAGGCCGCCCGGGACCACCAGGACCUGUGGGGUCUCCAGGACCAGAUGAAUGUGAAAUCUUGGACAUCAUCAUGAAGAUGUGCUCUUGCUGUGAGUGCACCUGUGGUCCCGUCGACCUCCUGUUUGUGUUGGACAGCUCAGAGAGCAUCGGCCUGCAGAACUUCCAGAUUGCCAAGGACUUCAUCAUCAAAGUCAUUGACCGCCUGAGCAAGGAUGAGCGUGUUAAGUUUGAAGCUGGGGAGUCCCGUGUGGGUGUUGUGCAGUACAGCCAUGACAACACGCAGGAGCUGGUGGCCAUGGGGGAUGCCAACAUAGACAACAUCGGGGCACUCAAACAGGCAGUCAAGAACCUGAAAUGGAUAGCUGGGGGCACCUACACUGGAGAAGCCCUGCAGUUCACCAAGGAAAACCUGCUGCAGAGAUUCACCUCUGACAAGCGUGUUGCCAUCGUUAUCACAGAUGGACGCUCCGACACGCUGCGGGACCCUACCCCGCUCAACUCUCUGUGCGAUGUCACCCCGGUGGUUUCCCUUGGGAUAGGUGACAUUUUCCGGAACCCUCCAAAUCCAGAUCACCUGAACGACAUCGCUUGUUUAAGCAGACCAACCAGGCCAGGACUGUCCAUUCAAAGGGACAACUAUGCUGAGCUCCUGGAUGAUACCUUCUUGCAGAACAUCACCUCAUAUGUCUGCCAAGAGAAGAAAUGUCCGGACUACACCUGCCCAAUCACCUUCACCGGGCUGGCAGACAUCACGCUGCUGGUGGACAGCUCCACAAGCGUGGGGAGCAAGAACUUCGAGACCACCAAGAAAUUUGUGAAGCGGCUGGCUGAGCGGUUCCUGGAGGCUGGCAAGCCUACCGAUGACUCUGUGCGUGUCUCAGUGGUCCAGUACAGCGGCAAGAACCAGCAGAAAGUGGAAGCUCAGUUCCAGUACAACUACACGGUUGUCGCCAAAGCCAUCGAUAACAUGGAGUUCAUUAAUGACGCCACGGACGUCAACGCCGCUCUGCGGUAUGUCACAGGGCUGUACCAGCGUUCCUCCCGUGCUGGGGCGAAGAAGAGGGUGCUGGUGUUUUCUGAUGGCAACUCUCAAGGGAUCACUGCGAAGGCCAUUGAGAGGGUUGUGCAGGAAGCUCAGCAGGCUGGCAUUGAGAUCUAUGUGCUGGCAGUGGGCAGCCGAGCCAAUGAGCCCAAUAUCCGUGUCCUGGUCACGGGGAAGAGUGCAGAUUAUGAUGUGGUCUACGGGGAGCGCCACCUCUUCCGUGUGCCUGACUAUACCUCUCUGCUGCGUGGCGUCUUCUACCAAACUGUCUCCAGGAAGAUAGCUGUUGACUGAGCAUCUGAGUGGGUUUCUGUCAAGGCCAUGCCUGCUUCUGUCUCGCCUAAAAAUGAAAACCAACAAAACCAAAAAAUUGACAGUGUUCUUGACCAACCUGAGGAAUUUACAUCUAUGCAGAUAGCCAUAGUGCCACAGCCUGGCUGUGCAUAGUCCCUUUUCUUCUCCCCUGCUUCACCAUCUGCAUCUCUAUUCUGUUAG